AUGGCGUAUCUUCCUUCUUUUAUUUUGAGCGAUGAGUCCAAAGAACGCUUCAGCAAAGUGUUCAGCUUAUCGCAAACCGUUGCUCACUACGGCUGGUUACCAUUUGUGCUAUAUCUUGGAUGGGCCCACACUGCCAACAGACCAAACUUGUUUAGUUUGUUGAGCCCCCUACCAAGUGUUUGA